CGUCGACAGCCAGCAAGCAGCACCGCAACAGCCCCAAUAUGUUUGGCGCCCUCAGCUCCACGCUGACUUUUUAAGCCAAGAAUCAUACGUCGUUUCAAACUCAUACGCAAUGAUGCACUCUCUGGCGUCUUCCCAAUGAACAAUUUCACAUUCUUCUUCCAAAUAUUCAAUAAAUCUCCGGGCUUUCUGCAAGACCAACCGACAAAGACCAGGAGGAGGAGGAAAUGGUGGGUUCAAGGCAUGGCCUGCCUUCACGGAUGAGCACCCCGGCUGCCAGCAGGGUUGAUUUCGAAGGAAACAUGGAUACCAUGUUCAGAGAAUCCAAAGAUCAGCAGAAACAGUUCCAUUCCGUGCGCGUUUCCGACGCCAAUUUGGGUUUCGGAGAGCGGGCUUUCGCCGCCGCCGGCGCCGCCUUCGUCUCUGCGAUUAUCGUUAACCCUCUUGACGUUGCCAAGACAAGGUUGCAAGCACAGGCUGCUGGAGUUCCUUAUCAAGGGCUGUGUGAUGUGGCUUGUCCGGAACCAAACGAGAUGCUUUCAGAGUUGAGAUCUUCCACGCCACGCAUAAGGUCAGUACUUGGAACAAAGACUGUCUGCCCUCCGGAGUGUAACCAGUAUAAAGGAACACUGGAUGUGCUGUACAAAGUCAUACGCCAGGAAGGAUUUUGGAGACUCUGGAGAGGCACUACUGCAAGCUUAGCAUUGGCCAUGCCAACUGUGGGGAUCUACAUGCCUUGUUAUGACAUUUUCCGCAAUUGGAUGGAAGAUUUCACGACUCAAAAUGCUCCAAACUUAACACCAUAUGUGCCAUUAGUUGCAGGGUCAAUAGCACGAUCAUUAGCUUGCAUUUCUUGUUACCCUGUUGAGCUGGCAAGGACGCGCAUGCAGGCAUUCAGGGAAAGCCAAGCUGGAGUGAAGCCUCCAGGAGUUUGGGGGACGCUGAAUAGGGUCAUCGACCCUGUCAAGAACAAAACCCCCCUUCAAAACUUACAAAACUAUCGCUUCUUGUGGACUGGCCUUGGGGCGCAACUUGCUCGCGAUGUUCCUUUUUCUGCAAUCUGUUGGUCAACCCUUGAGCCAAUCAGGCGAAGAAUUCUUGGUCUCGUGGGUGAUGAACCCACUGCAGCCAGUGUCCUCGGGGCAAAUUUCUCUGCUGGAUUUAUUGCAGGAAGCCUUGCAGCUGCUGCUACAUGUCCACUAGAUGUGGCAAAAACCCGGAGACAAAUAGAGAAGGAUCCGACAAGAGCAUUAAUGAUGACAACAAGAAAAACGUUGCUCGAAAUUUGGAGGGACGGAGGGAUGAAGGGGUUGUUCAUGGGAGUCGUUCCCCGUGUUGGUCGUGCUGGCCCUUCUGUUGGCAUAGUUGUCUCCUCAUAUGAAGUCGUCAAGUAUUUUCUACAUUAUAGACAUCUGACCACUCAAUGAUCCAAACUAACACAUUCAUGGAUCGUUCUUGUGCUUUAGUUUCCGGAUUCUGGUAUACUUGUUCAAAGCUCACCGGGCUUUUUAAUCGUAGACGGACCUACCUUGAAGGAGCAAAAUCACUCAGUUACGCGAUUUCAUCUGUCCGAAUCACGAUGUUCUUGUCAUGAUGGUGGGGAAAGGUUUACAAAAGCGACAGAAGAUCACAGCAAUUUUUGGAGAAUAAAAGAUCUUCUUCAUUGUUCCUGGGAACGCCAGGAAUAUAUUUUAUUUUUCCUUUGAAACUUUAAGUCUUUGAUUGCAGCAUAACACUGCAAAUAUUUUCCUCAUUGCAACAAAAAUUGUCAAUACCGAUGUUCUUUUCACUGUAAGUUUGGGUUGCAAAUUAGAAUUCUUUAUUUUUUGGAUUAAGUACCUAAAUCCUCCCCUUUUGUGUGA